CGGCCGCCUGAGGGAAGCCGCAGGGGCGAGCUGAAGGAGGAGCGGCCGGCAGAGGGAAGCCGGACUCGGGCACUCCAUGGGGAACGUGGGCAGCCACAGCGAGGGCGAGGAAGAAGAGGAGGAAACGGCGCCCUGCGCCGCCGCCACAGGAGGCGCCCGGAAUAGCGGCAGCGCCGCCAGGGAGGCCUCCUCGCCGGGCGCCAUGGAGACGGCGGCGGCCUCCUCGUCCUCUUCUUCGCCGGCCGCCGCCGCCCGGCCCUCGGCGCCUCCGUCGGCGGCCUCUCUGCCGUCAUCGUCCCCGUCCCCGCUGCUGCCGGCGGCGUCGGUGCUGCUCGGCCAGGCCCGCCUGAGGGAGGAGGCCGCGGCCCGCCUGCGCGAGGCUCCCUCGGCCGAACCGCUGCUGUCCCGCCACCACGCCGCCCUGGUGCGCUGGCUGGAGGAGCGCCUGGGCCGCGGGGAGCACGCCGUCAGCCUCGAGCAGCUCUGCGAGGCCCUCGAGGCGCGCGCCGGGCCGACGCCAGGAGGAGGAGGCGGCGGAGGAGGAGCAGCGGGGGCAGCCACCGCCGCCGGGGCAGCCGCCACGGGAGGAGGCGGGAGUGGAGGGGAAGCCGCUGCCGCCGCCGCCGCCGAGGAGCGAGCCAGGAGCGAGGAGGCUUUUGCUCAGUUUGAUCCUGAGGGUGAUGGCACAGUGGAUGUGGAGAACAUGCUGGAAGCUCUCAAGAACUCCAGUGGAGCCAAUCUUCAAGGGGAGCUUAGUCACGUGAUCAGGCAGCUGCAGGCUUGUUCGCUUGUCCCAGGUUUUGUAGACAUAUUUUCAGAGUUGAACGAGCGCCUUAGUCUCCACGCUUUCAUGAUCCUGAGGUUCCUGCACCGGCACCGUAUCGCCAGCACAGUCAUCCCAUAUCCAGUCUUGGAGUACUUCAACAAUAUUUGCACCAUGCGAUCUUCCAUACUGAAGGAUUCUUUAGACCGGCUCCUCCUAAAAGAAAAAGAAUGUCCGAGUGAUUUAAAUGGAAACCAGGAAUUAGACAAGCUCAAAUCAGUUUCAAAGUGCUACACUCACAUAGAAACUUCCUCCAAUUCAGCAGACAUUGACAAAAUGACAAAUGGAGAAACCUCAUCCUUCUGGCAGUCUGACGGGAGUGCUCGGUCACACUGGAUACGUUUAAAGAUGAAACCGGAUGUCAUUCUGAGGCACCUCUCGAUUGCAGUUGCAGCCAACGACCAGAGUUACAUGCCGCAGCAGGUUACGGUAGCUGUUGGAAGGACAGCCAGCAAUCUCCAGGAGGUCCGCGAUGUUCACAUUCCCAGCAAUGUUACCGGAUAUGUGACAUUGUUGGAAAACGCUAACAUUAGUCAGAUGUAUGUACAGAUAAAUAUCAAGCGUUGCCUUAGCGAUGGGUGCGACACCAGAAUCCACGGGCUCAGGGCUAUUGGCUACCAAAGAGUGAAGAAGGGAGGUGUCUCGGUCUGCGAUGCUUCGGCGAUCUGGUACUGGUCCCUUUUGACCUCUCUGAUCACGGCGUCCAUGGACACCAACCCUGCGAUUGUUCAUGCCAUCCUGCAAAAUACUCAGAAGGCCCUGCAGCACAUGCCGCCGCUUUCUUUGUCACCAGGCUCCAUAGACUUCUCAAGCUUCCUAUCUCCCAAUGUUUUGGAAGAAGUGGACAGUUUUCUUCUGGGUAUUACCAGUCGUUGUGCCUCCCCAGAAGUAGAGCUUACCCUGCUGGCAUUUUCCCUGGCCAGGGGCAGCAUUGGCAAAGUGCUGAGUUCGCUUUGCACGAUCGCCGACCACUUGGAAACGCCUUACAAGGCUGCCUCACUCAUCGUCUCCAUGGCCACAGUCAGGCAAAACUUGCUGUACAAAUAUGGAACUCCCCUGAGGCUGACGCUGCAGGCCUGUGAUGUCAAAGGAAAGGAAGACAAAUCAGGUCCUGAAAAUCUCCUUAUAGAGCCAUGGACAGGGGAUGGUUUCCUUACUGAGACUGGAAAGAGACAGGCCAGUGUCAUUCUUUCAACCGGAACUGAAUCAGCCUUUCAGGUCACACAAAUCAGAAUAAAGGUGCGGAGGGGAGCCAUUGGGGCCAGGUGUGGGUUGGUGUUUGCUUACAACUCCGCUUCAGAGAAAUUUCACGCGGAGGAGCACUUCAAGAGAUUCGAGAGCUAUGACAGAUGGAAGCUAGAAGAUUUCCGGCACUUCUUAAAAGCCAGGAGCAGCACUCCACGAGACGAACUGGGAGAGGAGGAUCCCGUUGGCUGGUUUGAAAUGGAAGAGGAAUGGGAUGAAAUGGAAGUCAAAAUGCAGCAGUGCAGAAUUUCCAAGUAUCUGAUGGUGAAGUUCUUGUGCACAAGGCAAGACAAAGCUGAGAGGCUCGGGGUGCAAGGCUUGAGCGUCUUCGGCUACCUCCGGUCCAUGUCGGCAGAGCCCAACAGGAGCAAGUGCUGCCUGGAGUGUGGCAAGCCUAGCGGUGACGUCGUUUGUGGGAUGACACUCCUGCUGAAGACUCUGUGCUUCAUCCAGCAGCUGGCACAGGAUUUGGUUCAGAAGAAGGCAAGCGGUCUGCGCUACAGGUCAUACCUCGACUUUGCGGGCCUGGAUCUAAAGCUUUUCUGGAAUUUCUAUAGUAAACUUCAACAAAACUCAAGGGAAGAGUGCAUUGAUGCCCAAGCCAUGUUGCUGCGGCUUCUCCAGAGCUGCUUUUCGGUGCUCACAUCAGAUAACAAAGCUGCAAAGACUCAGGAAGCUGCUCAGAGCAAAACAUCUGAUAGCGCAGAAGCAGCAGAGGAACUCUACAAGCAUCUGUGUGAAGUUGUAGACAGCGACAGUGAGUCCCCAUCACUGAAGGCCUUGAAGCAGGAAGUGAAUAACACGUUGCUGAACGGAGCAGCCAUCUUUUUCCCCCACAGACACACCCGGCGGGAGCAGCUUUUUGCAAUGUUGAAAAACAUAACAGAGCAGGAACACAAGGCAUCUGUCCAUCUUACUUUCAAAUCCCUGUGUGCAUAUUUCAGUGACCAGGAUCCAGGUGGACUCCUCUUGUUGCCAGACAAAGGACCUUCUGCAGAUGUCGAUGUUGAUAAAGUGCUUGCGGUGACAGAAACGCUCCUGGCAGUGACAUCGAGAGAGUGUGAAAUGUUGAUGAUGGGUGUUGCCCAGCAAGACACGGGUCCUGUGCUCUCGUCCUUAUUCUGGUCUGUUCAGGGCAGCCUCCUUUCCUGGUGCUACUUGCAACUUAAGGGCAGUGAUGCAGCACCCAAGAGCCUUGCCGUAGAAAUCCUUACAAAAUAUGUGCAGCAGUUCCUGCUAAGUGUCAGGACAAUUUUAGAGUCGCUCCUGUCCCAACACAGUGGGAGAACGAUAGUGGAAAAACUGAGCAACUCUGUCUUUUCCAUGGUAGCCCGGCAGCUGAUGACCUUCCUGCAGGACUUCUGCACUUUAGACAUUCCACAUCGUACCCUCCUGCAGGAUGUCAGCAUUUUGACAAAGCUACUGAAUGACCUGUCUGCAGACCCAGGAGAUGGCCCAAAUAAGGUGGGCAUGGAGAGUUGGCAGCAGGAGCAGCCGGUGGUGCUGCGAACAUGGGCUGCAGAAUCCCCACAUAACUACGAAAACAACUGCCACGAUGUCACCGUCUUCCUUUGUCCGGGGGCAACUUACUUCGAGGUGGAGUUUGACGAAAGAUGUGAAACGGAGAGGAGGUACGAUUACCUGGAAUUUACUGACGCCAAAGGUGGAAAAACUCGCUACGAUACCAAAGUUGGCACAGACAAGUGGCCCAAGAAAGUGACCUUUAAGGCUGGCCCUCGGCUGCAGUUUCUCUUUCACUCCGACAGCAGUAAUAACGAGUGGGGCUACAAGUUCUCCGUCACUGCAUACGGCUUGCCAGAUGUGGAAGUUUCAUGGGGCCUGGACCUGCACCUUCUCGUGGCCAGGCUCAUGGGGCGCCUGGCUUCCCAGAGCAUGGUGCUGAAAUCCCAACGAGAGGCAGGAAAUGAAAUAGAAUUGUCUCCUGCAAAAGUGGCGUCUGUUCUUAACUCUCCUCUGUGGAAGCCGGUCUUCAGGCAUCAGAUGCGUUCUGAGCAAAAGCCGGAAGCUAGAGAGCGUAGCCAAACGCCGCAGGAAGAUAAAGAGGCCACAAACUCUCAUUCCAACAACUGUCAUAAUUUUCUCCUUGACUUCGCAAAGUCAGACACUGCCCAGGAGUUCUGUGGGCCAAAUUCUGAGCUUUUCAAAGGACUCGUACAGGCAUGUAAAAAACAGGCCCCAAAGACUGAUAUAGUUGCUGGUUCCACUAUUGAUCAAGCUGUCCAGUCUACAUUUGCUGCUCUGGUCUAUCUCUCUCCAGAUUUGUAUGGGAAGCUUCAGAAAUAUGUCAACAGUGGAGGCAAAACGCCUUUGGGUGAAGAGUUUGCACAAGUAUAUUCCCUGGCCGACGGGAUCAGAAUAUGGAUGCUAGAAAUGAAACAGAAGUCCCUCGUGAACCAGGGAAGUGAUGGGGAGGAGAAGCAGGCUGCUGAGAUGAGCGAGGUGAACCCGGAGACCCUUGCGCAACAGUGCAUCCAGAAAAGUCAUCUCUUGCUCAGUUUUCUGCCUGCACGGACCAAGGCAGAAGGCCAUGACUCAGAUCACAUGGAGGACUUUGGGCGAUGCCACAAAGACAGACGCCGGAGGACGAGCUCUGUCGUCGAAGCGGAUUUCCAAGCGUCAGAUUCUUCCCCUGUCUCUGGAGUGACUGGUUUUGUUUUUCCGGAGGCAAGUCAGGCCACAGCCUCCAGCUCAAAGAGGAAGCAGGUGCCAGACUCGCCACAGACAGAAGUGUCUCCUGCAUCCCAAAGCAAAUCCCUUGAUAGUAACUUGUCGGAGCAAGAAGAUGCCUUGUCCCCUCCCUCCACUCCCACUAGGAAGCCUCCAUUCAGCCGCGGGAGGCUCCGGCUCCUCUCCUUCCGCUCCAUGGAGGAGUCCAAGCCUGUGCCCAGCAUUAAGGAGAAAUACCCCAUCCUGAAACACACCUUGGACUUCAUUAAGGACCAAUCUCUUUCUCAUGAAAGUGUUCUGAAAGUCCUUGCUUUGAGGAAAGCUCAAGCCAAAAGCAUCUUGGAAGUGCUGAAGAUGAUCCUCCAGUGCCUAGAAUCCCUCAGCCAGCCUCACUGCUUCACCCCACCUUGCAUCAUCUUCCUGCUGGAACUCCUGGCUUGCCAAAAAGACUUCACAAACUAUUUUGCACACUUGGAAGGCUGUGGGGCUGAGCUGCACCGGGAAAUACGGGAAUCUUACUACCAGCUUCUUCUCUUUUUGGUCAACGCUCUGAAAGGAUUUAACGACCUCGAUGAGAAAUCGUUGCUCCCUGCCUUGUCCUGCGUGCAGACGUCUCUCCUUCACCUCUUGGACAUGGGUUGGGAGCCAAGUGACCUUUCCUUCUUUGUUGAUAUACAGCUGCCACGCCUCCUUAUCAGCAUGUCACGAGAGAACAUAAGUACACAUGACAGCAUAGUUUGUCAGUGGAGCGAGGAAGAGGAACUCGCAGACUACAAGCAGAACUCUGAGUGGAUGGACGAGUGUCAGGAAGGAGUCUUUGAAAGCUGGUGUGACAAGAUAAGCCAGGCUGACCCAGAGAAGCAGAGGAAGAUGCACAUGUUCAUUGCCCGCUACUGUGACCUGUUACACGUGGACAUAUCCUGUGAUGGGUGCGAUGAGAUUGCUCCUUGGCAUCGUUACCGCUGCUUGCAGUGCAACGACAUGGAUCUUUGCAAAACAUGCUUUUUGGGCGGAGUGAGACCCGAAGGCCACGAGGCGAACCAUGACAUGGUCAACAUGGAAUAUGCCUGCGACCACUGCCAGGGCAUUAUCGUUGGGCAGCGCAUGAACUGCAACGUGUGUGAAGAUUUUGACCUUUGCUUUGGGUGUUACUCUGCCAAGAAGUACUCUGAGAGCCACCUUCCCACCCACAGCGUCACAGCGCACCCGAUGAUGACCAUCCGGAUCAGUGACCGCCAUCGGCUCAUCCAGCCCUACCUUCACAACUACUCUUGGCUGCUGUUCUCCGCUCUGGCUCUCUACAGCGCCGACUUGUCGAGCGGCAAGCAAGGGGAUGGCGAGGAAGAACUUGACCCCCAGGUCGUCGCCCACGCCAGGACCCUGCAGCAGGAGUGCAUCCAGCUGAUUGGGGACUGUCUGGUGAAAGUGCAGCAUGGGAAAGGUUUGAAAAGCCUUGCUCUGCUUUGCAUGUUGCCAGAAAGCGAAUCUUUACCUGAAAAGGGGAUACUAUCAGUUGAAAAUUCCACAGACAGCCCUGGUGAGAGAGCCAUGGAAACCGAUAAGGCGAUGUCUGCAUCUUUCACCCACUGCAACGGGAAUGGAAACACUGAUGAAAUCCAGGCCUCUGCAGAUACCAAACAAACGCAGAAAGUGAAAACGGAGGGCAAGCCCUCCAACGGCCUUCCGCUGAAGAAAGAGGUGGUAACACAUGAGAGAGAGAAGCUUGCCCUUAAUUCAGAUUUUCAAGCGAAGGAAUCUAUAUCUGCAGAUGCUGAAGUUGCCGACAUUUUGACUCCAUGCCAAGCUGAAGAGAAGGCAAUGCCCAGCCAAGAGGAGAUAUUUGCCGAGUGCUCCCAGAAGAGGAUUCUUGGGUUGCUGGCUGCCAUGUUGCCUCGCUUGAAAUCAGACUCAACAAUGUCUCUAAUGAACCUUGACCAGAUCCUCCCGCUCAUGUUUCAAGUUGUGAUCUCGAAUGCCGGCCAUUUGAAUGAAACCUACCACUUAACCCUGGGGCUCCUAGGCCAGUUGAUUCGGAGGCUGAUGCCCGCAGAAGUAGACGCUGCCGUGACCACAGUCCUCUCGGCCAAGCAUGGGCUCGUUGCUGCUGAUGGGUCCUCUGUGCCAGAAGGAUGGAAGACGACCCAUCUCCUCUUCAGCUUGGGUGCAGUUUGCCUGGACAGCCGUGUAGGCCUAGACUGGGCAUGCACUAUGGCCGACAUCCUCCGAGCCCUGAAUGCCUCUGUGCAAUGGCACAGUGUGAUUGCUGCGUUCACAGACCACUGCAUCAAGCAGCUGCCCUUCCAGCUGAAACACACCAACAUCUUUACCUUGCUGGUACUUGUCGGCUUUCCAGAGGUCUUGUGCAUGGGGACCCGGUCUGUGUAUAUGGACAACGCAAAUGAGGCCCACAACGUGAUCAUCCUCAAGCACUUCACAGAGAAGAACAGGGCGGUGGUUGUGGACAUGAAAACACGGAAGAGAAAAGCAGUGAAAGACCUCCAACUGGUUCAGCCAUGCGGACAAGGCGAUGACGAGUCUCGGUGCCAGUUGCGGCAGUACCUCCAGCACUUUGUGUUCAUCACCAGCCAUCUCCUCCAGACCAGCAUCAACAGCAGCUUUGCAGAGGCUGUGGAAGCAACCUGGGUCUUAUCUCUUGCCCUGAAGGGGCUAUACAGGACGCUUAAGAUGCAUCCCUUUGAGGAAAUUCGCACCGCCUUCCUUCAGACAGGUCUGCUUAAAUUGUUGGUGAAGAAGUGCAGCAAAGGAACAGGCUUCAGUAAGACCUGGCUUCUCCGAGACUUGGAGAUCUUGUCAAUCAUGCUGUACUCAUCAAAAAAGGAGAUAAGCUCCCUGGCGGAGCACAAGGGCCCAGACCUUGGUGAAAGGGACCAGGAUCAAGCGUUGGAUCAGUCUGCUGUCACUCCCACAGAUGCUGACCAGAACAGGCUCGAUCCGCUGGAGGGCUUGGACGAAACCACCAAAAUAUGCUUCCUGAUGACCCACGAUGCCCUUGAUGCCCCUCUGCAUAUCCUUCGGGCCAUGUAUGAAUUGCAAAUGAAAAGGACCGAUUCUUUCUUCCUGGAGGUCCAGAAGAGGUUUGACGGUGACGUGGUGACAACGGAUGAGAGGAUCCGGACAUUGGCUCAGAAAUGGCAGCCCAGCAAGUGCUUGCGGUCGGAGGAGCAGAGUUCCAAAGCGCUCGAUACGGACAUGAUCAUUGUGCCAUGUCUGCCUGCUCCUGUUUUACAGUCCAAGCCUGCCCCCUGCAACAAGGCCACAGAAGAAUCCAACCCCAUCACCCAGAAGCUCAUCACUAACACGGAAAGCGACCUCCAGCUCAGCUACGCCAAGCAACGUCGCACCAAGAGCUCCGUCCUCCUGCACAAGGAGCUGGACUCCAGGAGCAAAAAGGCCGUGCGCGGCUACCUCUACCGAGUCAACGAUGCCACCGCCGUCCUUUAUGCGAGGCACGCCCUUGCUUUGCUGUUGGCCAAGUGGCCCGACGACGUGGCGAUCAGUGAGGAGAUGCUGGAGCUCAGCGGUCCGGCUCACAUGACGUACAUCCUGGAUAUGCUUUUGCAGCUGGAGGAGAAACAGCUGUGCGAGAAGAUUCUCCUGAAAGUGCUCCGCGGCUGCAACGAAAGCAUGUUGGCGACGAUGGCGUUGACGGCCUGUCAGUUCAUGGAGGAGCCCGGGAUGGCCGUCCAAGUGCGGGAGUCCAAGCACCCUUAUAACAACAACACAAAUUUUGAGGAUAAGGUUCACAUCCCCGGUGCUAUAUACCUCUCCGUCAAGUUUGAUUCUCAGUGUAACACUGAAGAGGGCUGUGAUGAGCUGGUUGUAGCCAGCAGCUGUGACUUCAUCCACGAUCGCCACACCUUCAGCGGGCCUCCGCACAAGUGGACAGACUUCGAGCUCCCAGGGGAUACCCUCUACUAUCGAUUCACCACGGACAUGAGCAACACAGAAUGGGGUUAUAAGUUUACAGUGACGGCAGGUCACCUGGGGAGGUUCCAGACAGGCUUCGAGAUCCUGAAGCAGAUGCUGUCGGAGGAAAGGGUCAUCCCCCACAUCCCAUUGGCCAAAAUCUGGGAGUGGCAGGUGGGCGUGGCCUGCAGGCAAACUGGCCACCAGCGACUGAAGGCCAUCCACCUGCUCCUUAGGAUAGUCCAGUGCUGCAGCGAGAGGGACUGUGACCUCACUCUGCUGAAGCCGCUCUGGCACCUUUUCAGCCGCAUGGAGAACAGCAUGCGCCACGAUGUGACCAAAUCGGGGAUUCUCCUCCCACUGCACCGGGCGCUGACCGAGCUUUUCUUUGUCACCGAGAGCAGAGUUAGCGAACUUGGAUCUCUGCAGGAUUACUUGCUUGCCUUAAAUACGGAAGACCAUCUCCACCGCUGUACAGCGCAGGCCCUGAAAAACAUUGCUGCUCUUAGCCUUGCCAUUAACUACCCCAACAAAUCGACGAGCCCCUGGAACGUUUAACCACAGGAUCUUUUCCGGCUCGGAGCGGGGAUGGUCCUUGCCCGUAGGAACCGUGGGGGCGAGCGUCCUUCGCCCGGUGCGGGUACCAGAGAAAGGAAAAGGGGGGUCCCUUCUGCUUCCGUUUAUGUGCACUCCGCGGGCAGCCAGCCAGUCAACUUUCCGCCCCGAUGUAGAUUCUGUAAAAGCAAAAAGCGCACUUCCAAGGAAAAAGGGGCACACUCUCUCUCUGGAGCACCUUUGCGCGUCACCUCGAGUUAUGUAUGCACUUCUAUUGUAGCAUGUCUGUGGAACAGUAUUUACUUUCUCUGAAUUUCGGAAGAAUGAUAUGGGGGGAGCAAGAGGGAACGAAGACCUCCCCCGAAGGAAGAGAUGCCAGGCCACCUUCUGGCUACCACCCCACCCUCUUGCAUCUCCCCACCACCACCACCACUCGCCCCUCCUUAUAUAAGCUGAACAAGGAACUGAAAUGGACUGGUCGAAGCCUCAUUUCAAACUCAAAAGCGGGUCUGGCCCAUGAUAAUUGGAUUGGCCAAGGAAGCAAUGGAGGAAUCUGGAAGUACGGCGAGGCUGAAAGAAUCCUCAAGGAUGCUGCUUUGGUUUUUUUUUUCCUCCUCUCUGAAAAGCUGGCUGCAACCCCAGCUGAGGAAAAAGGAGGAGGAAUCUGGAGGAGUGUUGGAGGAGACCCUUGGUGAGAGACGGUGGCACUCCUGCUUUUCCGCUAGAUUCUCUCAUGCUGCUGGCAGCCACGGUUUCUUGUCAGUGACGUAGAAGUUGUGGCCUGGAAGUUGUCCUGGUUGCUCUGCGAGGAGCCACGGUUAAAGGGACAGGCGCUCCUUCCAAGAUGGCAUCUGGAAGGGGGACGGAGGCAGACAGUGGGGGUUCUCUUCCCCUCCACUCUGAAUGCUGGCAGUGCAGGAUGUGUCCAGCUCUUGAGCGAUGAAUGAAUUAACCCGUCUGGCUUCACACAGCAAUAACCACAUAGUUCCUCCUGAAUGUGGAAUGCGCAGGGAAAAUCUCUUGGGUGAAAUAAAUGGGCUUUAAUCUCUUGUCCUGGGAGGGGGAGCCAGGGUGGAGGAGUUGCUUCUCCCCUCCAAGGGCAAACUUGCAUGAAAAGCCAGGUGCUUGUGUGUGGCAGGAAGA